AAGCUUCUUGAUCGCUGACUGGUCCAUGUAUUAUACGAAGUCUACACUAGCAGAUAAUAAAACUUUUUCGUGAGCAAUUUUAUUGGUUUAGUUUUGUUGGCCCAAAGACUUGGUUUCCCUUGCCCAAGACUAACACUGCCCGUCUCAAUUGUGGGGCUGCUUUACUUUUGCCAUUAUAUAUUUCACCUUCAUUAUUAUUUUCUUGGUUUGUUUUCUGCUUUUUGAUAUAGAAGCUUAGUUUUUUGAUUGGCUGUCUGUGAAAGUCUCUUGCUUUUUGUACUAAUGGGUUUCUGGGCUUUGUUCAUCUGCAAAAAAGCUGACUUCUGCUUGAAAUUGGAGAACUUUGUGGUAAAGUUUGUAGUUAUAUAGCUAGGCUGGGGUUGUGGGAAUUUUAAGUUAUCAUAGAAUCUUGGGACUCCAAGUUUUUGUGAAAGGUUGAUAUACUCCAAGUGGUGGAUGUUGUGGUUAUUUUCAUUAUUUAGCCAAUCUAUCUCGCUGAAGAAGACUGAGGAGGAAGUUUGUGAUUAUAGUUCUGUUUUCUGCUACUUGAUAUGAAAUAAUUCCCCCUGAAUGGGUACUGAUGCUGCUGAAGUAGUAGGGACAGAGAGAAAGCCUAAUUCCUUUAAGGUUCACCGUUCAAUGGGCAUUGAACUUUGGAAGUUGGUGGAGAGAAUUUCAAAGAUAUUUCCCGACAUAGAAGCAGCAAGACCUCGUUGCUCAACGGGAAUACAGGCUCUAUGCAUGUUGAAUCGUGCAAUUGAGAAAGCCAAUCAACUUGUUCAGUAUUGCAGCGAGUCUAGCAAACUCUACCUGGCGUUUACGGGGGAUGUGAUAGUCUCAAGAUGUCAAAAAUCAAGGAACUUGUUGGAGCAAAGUUUGUGCCAGAUUCAGAGUUGGGUUCCGGUGAUUUUGGUGGCAGAGAUCUCUAAAAUAGUUGAUGAUCUUAAGGCUGCAACAUUUAGACUGCAUCCAUCUGAAGAAGAGGCUGGGAAGGUCAUCCGAGAAUUGCUCCACCAAGAUGCUUCUGCAUCAAAUUCAAUAAAAGAUUCUGAACUCAAGGCUCUUCAACUUGCAUCUUUGAGGCUCCAUAUUACCACAUCAAAGGAAGUCUUAAUAGAGAAAAGAUCUAUUAAGAAGUUGCUACAAAAAGUUGGUGACAGUGACCCUCGAAAAAAGCAGAUCUUGACAUAUUUCUUGUAUCUAUUGAAGAAGUAUGGAAGCUUAAUAUUGGUAAAGCAAACAGAGAGUGCCCCUGUGUGGCAACAAGGAUCACUUGCUUCUGAGAAUUCUGGCAACGACUUUGGAUAUAAUCAGUGUGCUGAAGUUGAACCUCACACUGGUUAUGGGGAAUAUGAGGCACAAAGUAACAUGUUGCUUGGAGCUGUACCUCCUCAAGCAUUUUUGUGCGGGAUAUCUUCCAGGUUGAUGUACGAUCCUGUUGUCAUUGCUUCUGGACAAACAUAUGAAAGGAUGUGGAUACAGAAGUGGUUUAAUGAGGGAAAUGAUACAUGCCCAAAAACUAAUACCAAACUGGCCCACCUUUCAUUGACUCCAAACGUUGGCAUGAAGGAGUUGAUAUCAAGGUGGUGUACGGAGUCUGGAGUCACCAUCCCCAACCCAAGUAUGCAACCAGAAGCACUUGGCUCAUGGGAAAACUCUUCCACUUCCAUUGCUAGUUUAGGCAGUUCUAUGAAUGAUCUACGUCUACAAAUGGAUCUCAGCACUAUUUCAUUUGGAUCCUUAGAUACCAGUUUCAAUUCUAAGACAGAAGAUGGCUCAAAUCUGGUGCAGAUUGAUGAUGAUUCUCUGAAAUACCGAUCUGCUAAAAAAUGCGAGACAGAUUUGGAAUUUCUAUCUAAUAUUAGUGAGCUCAAAUGGGAUUCCCAACGCAAGGCUGUUGAAGAUGUUAAAAACGAUUUGAAACGCAAUCCUCAAGCUUCUUAUGCUAUGUCCUCUAAGAAUUUUGUUGAACCUCUCAUCAAAUUUUUGAGGGAUGCAUAUGAUCAGGAUGAUGUAGAGGCUCAGAGAGAUGGAUUUAAAUUAUUAUCUACCUUUGUCAGCAAAAACAGAAACGGGAUAUCUUAUUUAGGUGAAGACGUGUAUAGUCUGUUAGUAUCUUCUCUUGAUUCAGAGGUAAAGGAAGAAGGUCUUGCCAUAAUGGAAAUUCUGUCUGUCCACCAGGACUGCAGAGUUAACAUCUCAUCAUCUGGUGCACUUACAUCCAUUCUAAAACUUCUAGACUCUCAGAGCAGAAGUAUACAAGGAAAAGCCCUUAAAAUUUUGCACAAUUUGUCCUUCGAUAGAGAUAUUUGUUCAGAGAUGGUAUCUUUGGAGUGCAUCCCAAAAUUGGUUCCUUUCUUUGAAGACAGUGCUCUUACUGGAAACUGUAUCGCUAUAUUGAAAAAUCUGAGCGAUUAUGAAGGGGCCAGGAUUUCUAUUGCUGAAACUGAUGGAUGCAUUGCUUAUGUUGUUGUAGUCCUAGACACUGGCAGUAAAGAGCAUCAAGAGCAUGCUGUUGAUAUCCUUCUUUCUUUAUGCUCUCAGCGCAUUGACUAUUGUAACUUGGUCAUGCAUGAGGGUGUAAUUCCUGCUCUUGUCCUCUCAUCUGCCAAUGGGACAGAGAGAACAAGGAUAAACGCAACGGAAGUUCUACGUCUCUUGAGAGAUAUUGAUUAUGACGAUGAGCAAGAAUCUGCUGAACCUGAGCCUGAGCCUGAGGCAGCUAGAGAUGAGCUACCUAGAGACAAUGGAAAUCACUCGAACGGGAAGAAAGCUUCUAAGGCAUCAGGAUUUUUUGGAAAGAAGUUAUCAAUAUUCUCAAAACCGAGUUCUCUUUCACCGAAAAAGAAGAAAUGAAGCUUGUGCUUUCAGCUUGCAUCUCUUGCAAUGCUGAUCAACACAGAAACUGCUUUGAAAGAGUCACUGCUUCGAACUGAGGAAAGGGUAUCAUCAUUGACAUAGGUUAAGUAUAUAUGGUUGGGGGUUGAUGGGUUUUUGUGCUGAUACUGAUCCAACAUAGUUUUUAUCAGGUUUCUAGAUAUUUUAGCCAAGGUUGUGAGUUUAGUCUUCAUUCAUAAUGUAACUUCUUCCUUUUUCAGCUAUAUACUCAUCAUUAAAUGUAUAGUGUUAUGUAGGUUGAUGUGCUCCUGAAAAUUUAUGUAUUGCCUGGUUUUGUAAAA